UUCUCGUAAAAUAGUAAAUACUAAAUACCUAUCCUGUCAUUCAGCAUUCUUCUUUUAAAAAUAUAAUAUUAUACCUUAAAUUUCAGCAGUUUAAAUACUGAACGAAUUGCGAAGUUUUUCAACUUUCCACGUCGAUUGAAAACAAUUUAAACCGAGAAGAGGACACCACAUCCAUAACUCAUAAGAAGGUAUCGUUAUCAGCGAGCGGCAGACGAUUUUGAGAACCAAUUGUGCGGAGUGACGUCAAAAGGCCUAGUAGCGUUAUCUCUUGAUGUCCAAUCAAACGUGGAUAUCACAUCAACACUCUCGCACUCCCGACGUAUUCACGUACACACACACACACACACGCGCGAGCGCGCGCGCAGACACACACACACACGUACGUAGCGCGCAUACCCACACACAUACCCACAAGUGACGACUUACGCACCACUCGCCAGCACCCAUUCCCGUACGGGGUACAUACGAUAGCGUAUUCGGAGUAGCGCGCGCGCGCACACACGCACACACACACGACGCACACACUCGCGCGAGUACUAUUUACACGAGUACACACAGUAGACCCACAGUACACACACGGUACACACACACGCACACGUUGACGGACGCGCAAAUUGGCUUUUGAGCAGCUUACGUCUUGUGCGCUGCGAGCUUUUCGUCGUACUACUACUACCUGCCUUUGCAAGGUGCUGUGGAUAUUAUGUCAUCCGACAAUGCUGUCGGCGGUGGCCAGUCGAACCCGGAGAUGGUCAGGGGACAGAUAUUCGACGUCGGUCCCAGGUACACGAAUCUCUCGUACAUCGGCGAGGGAGCUUACGGAAUGGUCGUGUCGGCUUUUGACAAUGAGACAAAUUGUAAAGUAGCCAUAAAAAAAAUCUCACCAUUUGAACAUCAAACAUAUUGUCAACGAACAUUGCGAGAAAUUAAAAUAUUAACUCGAUUUAAACAUGAAAACAUAAUUGAUAUAAGAAAUAUUUUACGAGCGGAAACCAUUGAACAAAUGAAAGAUGUAUACAUUGUUCAAUGCUUGAUGGAGACUGAUUUGUAUAAGCUUUUAAAAACUCAGAGACUGAGCAAUGAUCAUAUUUGUUAUUUCCUUUAUCAAAUUCUUCGAGGGCUUAAAUAUAUACAUUCAGCAAAUGUCCUCCACCGUGAUCUCAAACCUAGCAAUCUGCUUCUCAACACAACGUGUGAUCUCAAAAUAUGUGAUUUUGGUCUUGCAAGAGUUGCUGACCCUGAUCAUGAUCACACUGGAUUUCUUACAGAAUACGUAGCCACUAGAUGGUAUCGUGCUCCUGAAAUUAUGUUGAAUUCAAAAGGUUAUACAAAAUCAAUUGAUAUGUGGUCAGUUGGUUGUAUUUUAGCUGAAAUGCUUUCCAACAGACCGAUAUUUCCUGGUAAACAUUACCUAGACCAGUUAAAUCAUAUAUUGGGAAUACUUGGUUCACCAACUGCAGUAGAUUUGUUGUGUAUUAUUAAUGAUAAAGCUCGGAGUUACUUACAAUCAUUGCCCUUCAAACCAAAAAUAGCAUUUUCAAAACUUUACCCAACUGCUGAUCCAAAAGCUCUGGACUUGCUGGAUAAAAUGCUGACAUUCAACCCUCACAAUAGAAUCACAGUUGAAGAGGCUCUGGCACAUCCGUAUCUUGAACAGUAUUAUGACCCUGCUGAUGAGCCUGUUGCAGAAGAACCAUUUAGAUUUGCUACUGAGUUAGAUGAUCUACCUAGAGAAACUUUAAAACAAAUGAUCUUUGCGGAAACUGUGAAUUUCAAACAAAAUGUGUAGGCAAAGUAUGGAUAAUAUAUGUUUUUAAUUCCUUACAGUGCUUAAACUCUUAUUCUUCUACAAUUUGAACUUAUAUUGCAUUUCAAUGUUUAAUACAUUUCUCGCUUCUUUACAGUUCUUUAUAAUAUAUAAUCCUAUCUUGAGUCUAAAAUAUUCAUCUUAGUAUUAAGUACGACUUAUUAUGUAGUUAAAUUGUAUGUAUGUAUUAUUAUUAUAAAUUUAAUAUUUAAUUUAUAUUAUUUGAUAUUAAUCAAAUUUGUUGUUACAUAAUCAGAUUAUAAGUAUUUGCCCCAAACCAUAUUUUCCUUAUGAGUGACAAAAAUGAAAUAUUGUUAGUUUUGAAAUAUUUAAUAUUAUUAAUGUGAUCGUUAAAACUCAAUCACUGCAUUAUGAUAAAAGAAAUAUUUAGCUAGAAUUUAAAUAGUGUACAUUUUUUUGUUCCCAUCCGGCCAUUUCUCCCAUUCCCUAUCAUUUGUGAUAAUAUUCAUGGUACUUAUACAGUAUAUUUAUUAAUAUUUUAUUAGAUGUUGUUUAGAAAUUAAAUCAAUGUAAACAUCACGGGAUGUAAAGUUGUGUUGUUAGUUAAAUUAAGAAGUAAAUGAUUAAAACAUAUUGAUAUUACACACAUUUUAAAGUUUAAAUUUCAAUAUUUUCUUUAAUUGUUUCACAAAAAAAAAAAAAAAAAAUUGUGCUAUUAAUUUACCGUAAGUGACCUAUUUUUGAAAAUAAAGUCGAUUAAACAUUUAAUAAAAUUCAAUUGAGUGAUAACGUUCCUUUGAAACCAACUUGUAAAUAUUUUUUGCUAUUUGUCUAAUAUAUAAGUAUAUUUAUUUUUAUUAAUUCAAUAUAUCUUCCAAGCUUAAUAUUUGUAAAUUAUUUAAAUACUUGACAGUUUUCACGUAUCUAUUAGUUUUGCUCAUUGUAAACAAUUUCGUUGUUAUUUAAAAAUUACAUUUAAUCGUAUUGUAUUUUUUAAAGAAUAUUCUUACAAACUACAAUUUAAUUUAAAAAAUGAAAAAUUCAGUAAAUUAUGUGAUAGUAUAAUUAUGUGUUAUGUAUCACUAUUAAAAACUAAAACUCAGUCACAACAACAAAAUUAUAAGUAAUAUUUAUAAUACACAGGAAGUUACAGAAAGAACUGACAGAUGUAAAUUAUUGUAAUAACUUUUAUUCUUAUCAAUUUAAAAAAAAAAUUAUUUUAAUUUAGAUAUAUGGUAAAAUAAUUGUUAAUUAUUUUUAAAAAAUAAUACAUUAUUGAUUAGAACAAAAUUGAUUACAUAAUUAAUUAUAUUUAUCAUCUAUUCUGUUACUCCUGUAUAUGUUUGGUGACCAAAUUGUAUUUUGAUGAUUCGAACUGAUUAUUUUAAUGUGUUCUCAGAGGCCUAUCAUUUUAUAUAUUUAUUUGUUUAUUAUUAUUAAUCGAAUGAAAAUCUAGAUAACUUUUGUUAUAUGUCUUAGAGCUUACAAAUGGUAUUCGAUUUAUAUUGUUAAUUAAAUAUACAAAUGAAUGUUAAAAACUGA